GUCCCAUCUUUGAUAUGUCUCUUCACUAGAAAUUCAAAAAAAGAUCUGCUAACUUCAAGUGGUUUCUCAAUUUUAUAAUCCAUUGCAUAACGAUGGCAUAUCCAUCAACAAACAAAGUACUCUCUUUCGCAACCCUCGCGGGAGACCUACACGUGAUAGAGAAGGAAGUGCCUCCUCUUCCAGCGAAUGAAAUACUCGUCAAGGUCCAUGCUGCUUCCAUCAAUCCGGUCGAUAUCCAAUUAUGGAGAUCACCUUUAGUAGCUGUGGUGGCUGGUGAGAAAGGAAUGGGUCGCGAUUUUUCGGGGACCGUGGUAGCUGUUGGAAAAGAUGUGAAGGGGUGGACUGAAGGAGAUGAUAUCUUUGGUUUACUCUUUGAAGCGCUCGGACAAGGAACUUUCAGUCAAUACAUAAACAUCAAUCCAAGUUCGACGCCAGUUGCCAAGAAACCGGGCUGUUUCUCUCAUGAGGCAGCUGCAUCCAUUCCGUUAGUAGCACUCACAGCUUACGCCUGUCUUGAUUGGCUUCCCCCGCCAGGUCCAUCUCAACGAAGAGUUAUUGUCAGAGGGGCAUCUGGGGGAACAGGGUCAUGGAUCAUCCAACUAGCAAAAGUUGUCUAUGAUUGUCAUGUCACAGCCAUAUGCUCAGCCAAGAAUGCAGAGUACGUCCGGACCCUCGGCGCCGACGAAGUAAUAGACUAUACCUCCCAAGAUGUGAUUCAAACUCUUUUAUCCGCCGCCGCCACUCAACCAAUGGACCUAGUCAUUGAUUGUGUAGGCGGUACCGACAUCCUCGCACACUACAAACAACUCCUUCACCCCCGUGGCGCAUACGUAACCAUAGUUGGCGAUAAGACCUCCAUCACUACCCUCGGGGGCCCCAUAACCUACUUUACUAACCCAAUCCAAAUCCUGCGCUUCAUCCGCGGCUAUCUUUUUGGCCCGAGAUACGCAUGUGUUUCCCUUCUUACGAAAUCGGAGUAUUUGGAGCAGGUGGCACGGCUUGGAGAGCGCGGUGAGGUGAAGUGCGAGAUCCAAGAGGUGGUUAAGGGGGCUUUUGAUGAGAGGGAAGGAUGGAGGAAGGCGGUGAGCUUGAUAGAAGGGUGCAGGAUUAGGGGAAAGGUUGUCCUUGAGAUACCCUAAGUCACAAAUAGUAAUAGUAAGUAGAGGAAAUUUGAUUUCUAGGGUAGAACGCUACCAAUUUGAUGGUUGUUUUGUAGCUACGUG